UUUCUUUCUUCCAAAUUUAUGCACACUCCACACUCCAGAUCAGUAGGUGGCGGUAAUGCACCUUUUUGGCUGGUUUGCCAAACCGCCAUAAAACACCAGAAGAAGAAGAAGAAGAAGAAGAAACGUAAGUCCACUGUCAACAGUAAAAUGCACAGGACUGUGCCCAGCCUCCCACUGGCGCCCUCAAUGAAGGUGAAGCUCAUCAAUGCGGGUUUCCAAGUGGCGUCAGACUUGACCGACAUGCGUCCUCUUCAGCUCUGCAAAGAGGCAGGUAUAUCACAGGAGGAGGCAGUGGAGGUGUUGCAGGUGUUGAGGGAUGACGGCCAGCCUCACCAGCAGAGGGCGGCAACAGAGAGCCUAACAGCUCUGGAUCUCCUGCACCAGGAGCAGGCUCUGGGGAGCAUUGUGACAUUCUGCUCGGCCCUGGAUGAUGCCCUCGGAGGGGGCGUGCCUGUGGGAAAGACCACCGAGAUCUGCGGGUCCCCUGGUGUCGGAAAGACUCAGCUGUGCAUGCAGCUGGCUGUGGAUGUGCAGAUUCCUGUGUGUUUUGGAGGUCUGGGAGGAAAGGCACUGUAUAUAGACACAGAAGGGAGUUUCUUAGUGCAGCGGGUUGCUGAUAUGGCGGAGGCAGCCGUGCAGCACUGCACCCUCCUGGCAGAGGAUACAGAACAGAGACAGGCUUUAGAGGAACUUACUGUUGAGAAGAUCCUCUCCAACCUCUUCUUGGUCCGUUGCCAUGACUAUGUAGAGCUGUUAGCUGAGGUUUACCUCCUACCUGACUUCCUUUCUGAGCAUCCCGAGGUGAGGUUAGUAGUGAUUGACAGCAUCGCCUUCCCAUUCCGGCAUGACUUUGAGGAUCUUUCUCAGAGGACCCGCCUCCUGAAUGGCCUUGCCCAGCAGCUUAUCCAACUAGCAACACAACAUAGUUUAGCGGUUGUUUUGACCAAUCAGAUGACGACAAGGGUUUCAAAUGGCCAAUCUAAGCUGGUUCCUGCAUUAGGUGAGAGUUGGGGUCAUGCUGCGACGCAGAGGCUCAUCCUGCACUGGGAGGGACUGCGAAGGCUCGCCUCCUUGUACAAGUCCCCAAGUCAAAUGGAGGCCACAAUUCAAUAUCAGAUUACAGUCCAGGGUUUUAGGGAUGCCCCAGAUGAACCCAGAACUACUCCUGAUUCAUCUGCAGUCUCAUCUCCUUCAGGAAACCACAGCAAACGCCCUCGAAUGGAGGAUCUGUCUUGAGGAUGUAUUGCAGACCAUUUUGGUUUUCAAAGCAGUAUUCCUACUUCAAAACUUGAAAUAUGCUGAGAAAAAAAACAAGGAAACAUCAUAGCAGGAAUGUACAGAUAUGUAUAUAUUAUAUAAAAACACAAUUAAGGACAAUUAGUUCUUGGAUUAUUAUUGAAUAAAUUAUAGUAUAUUGAUUGUUGGCCCUUAGUUAUUUAUUUUAUUGUGAUAUUAGUGGAUCAAUUAGUGGAUCCAAUAUAAAUUUCCCACCAGACAGUGAGACAGUGUUACAAUUUAGGAGGAAAGACUGAAAAUGCCAAACCUAUUCCAAAGUGACCAAAACUUUCUAACGAAAAUUGGAUGACGGACCAGGUUAAAGGCCAUAUAUUUAUCAAACUAUUAAAAGUUGGUGUGCAUUAUUUCCCACCGCUUUACUAAUAUUCUGUAUUUAAUAUAUGCAAAAUUGUUUUUCUGCCACUUCAAGUGCUAGUGAUUAGUCAAACUAAUCAUCGUUAAUCAUGUCACCUAAUUUACACAGGCCCAAAAUUUGUGCCAUGAUAUGCAAUUAACUAAAUUUGUAAUAGUCAAUUGAAUAAUUUGGCCCUAAUGAACCCAGUGAGAAGGAUUUGUUGUGUACAUUGUGUUGUACAGGUCAUAUCAGGAUGACUUUCUGCCUUGAUUUAUGCAUGAGUGACAGUAUAGAGAUAAAGAGUUUACCGCUCACAUUCACCUCCAAGUAACAUUAAUAAUUUAGCCGCAGAUUGUGCCAGUUCAAUAUUAGUAUAUCAUCCAGGUUCGUUCUCUUCCAGCGUAUAUGUGUGAGGUUCAUCACUUUAAUUGAAUUAUACACUGGGAAGCCAGCAUUACAUCAGCACGAAGAUAAAAUAUGAGCACUUCACCUCAUAUUUCCUUGGCUGGCGAUGGAUAGUUUAGACACCCUGCAGAAGAACUGACUUAAAUGCUUUAUGCUCAUGUGGAAAGAAGGCGACAUUGUGUUCUUGAUGUUUUUAACCUCCAUGUUAGACACAGGAAGAGAUCAUGAUUGAAGAACUGCCUGAGACGGAGUGCUGGACUAAUAAGAUUAGAUCAUCUGGGGCUGGUUUUAGAUGAGUGACUGUUUAGUUGUGUCCUAACAAGCACUUGGCCUCAGGCUUUUUCAGGUGAGGAGGAAGGUACACUGGGUAUUUCUACACUGCUAUGAAACUGUCAUCCUGGGUCACUGCAUCAGACAUCGCUUUACCAUAUGAUUUAUCAUUUUGAAGGUGAACAUGACAGGUUACUAGCUGACUAUGAAUACAGUUUCAGAUUGCUCUAUACAGGCAAGGCUAUACUUUGUUCUUUACAAAUAUGCACCAUGGUAACCAGUUUCGAAAUACCAUAGUAGCUUUCAUAAUUUUUCUGACAUUUCGUUACCUAGCAAUAGCUGUGGUAACUAUGAUAUUUCACCAUAAACUAUGGUUACCCUACAUUUCUGAAAAGGUUAAUACUGAGUU